CUUUGCCUACAAUAGCAUAGCGGCAACGUCGGCACAUUGCAGAAUUUCUCUGAUUGGCAAAGGGAACCAAAGGAAAAGUGGGAUCAAAGUUCGCUGACACGCUGUGACAAUCAGGCGGACUUGUGAAAAAGUCGCGGGAGGAAAAAAAUGGCCCGAUGUUCUCUCGGCGGCGGAUGCAAGAAUGAGGAACUUUUUUCAGGUCUGGCAGGAGUCGUACCCCUGUGAUUGUGCGGGGUUCAGGGAGGUUUGGUGGCAAGACCAGACCAAUCAUUUGCCUUGAUUCCCCCGGCUGAGAGCAGGCAAAGUGAGGGGGACGGGACCGGCGGAGCCCCUCCAUCAAGACCUGAUCUGUUUCCCCCAAACAAUUUAGUUUAUUCAUGAGGUUACGCAAAUGUGGAAGGCGAAAUUACCGUAAUCAAUUGAAACAGCGAGUGUGCGUCCAUGGCUCUGAUUAUUUGGAGAUCAUCUAUCAGCCUGAUGUCUGUGUAAACCUGGAAAAGGGGGGCUUUGAAUUACCGUAGAGUUUGACUGAGAAGUCCAUGAUCAGGGGGGCUGGAGUCUGGCCACUGAUAACAGGGCGUCGUGGUCGAGCGGUGCUGCUCUACCAUUAGCUAUCAGACUUUGCCCUUCUCCAAGGUGCUCUUUUGAAACUUAAACCCACACUGUCCAGACAAUCCUGCUGUUUUUACACCCCCCCACCCGACGACAGAAAACAACAGGAGGAUAAAGUGGACAUGGAGGUCAGGUACAACCAAGACAUGGACGGGAUGGUGCUGAAGAACGGACUGAAGGAGGCCAAGGAGGGGAAGGAGUCCCCAGGCAGCCUGGCCAAGAGCUUCCUUAAGGAGCAGCAGGGCUCCUUCUCCCCUUCGGGGACCGUGGAUACCUGCGACAAGAGCCGGGGGGGUUCAGGAGACCCCGACUACUGCCGCCGGAUACUGGUCCGAGAUGCUAAGGGUUCCAUCCGUGAGAUUAUCCUUCCUAAAGGUCUGGAUCUGGACCGGCCCAAGCGGACCCGGACCUCGUUCACGGCCGAGCAGCUGUACCGUCUGGAGAUGGAGUUCCAGAGGUGUCAGUACGUGGUGGGACGGGAACGGACCGAACUGGCCCGGCAGCUCAACCUGUCUGAGACCCAGGUGAACCCAGGUCCAGAACUGGGGCUGGUUCUGAAGGUCUUCACCAUCCGGCCGUUGGAGGUUCUGUCCCAGACGUCUUCUCCAAAUGCACCAGUGAAGGUUCUGAACACUCAUCAGAGCCGUCCUCCGUUAGUGUCGCACUCCUUCAGCCUGUCCUGGUCCUGCAGCAGCUUCAGUCAGCUGAGGAGCACCGACGACCAGCACCAGAGUGUGCACGGCAACAAACAACCACCGCACAAGCAGAGGAAGGAAACAUUUAGGCUCGCCCACAGCAGCUCCAAGGCUCCGCCCACAGCAGCUCUAAUGCACAAGUUCACAUUUAUGGGUUUCAUCUGGUUUGUGUUGGUUCCAAUUCACAUGAACUCAGACUUCUGUCAGUUUACAGUCUGA